GUGGUACAUAGCACUUUCACUGAGCCAAAUCGGAGUGGACAACCGGCACCAGGCCCUCUGCAUCUAAAGUGAAUUAUAUUUUCUCUGAAUUGGAAGAGAUCCUUUUAAAUUACAGUGUUUUUGUUAAACACUGUACAGCCUUCACACACUAUAGACACCACGGAUCAGCCAAAAAUGCCAAACAUAAAGAUUUUUAGCGGCAGUUCUCAUCCGGAUCUGUCGCAGAAGAUCGCCGAUCGACUUGGACUCGAGCUGGGAAAAGUGGUCACUAAAAAAUUUAGUAACCAAGAGACUUGUGUUGAGAUUGGGGAAAGUGUCCGUGGAGAAGAUGUCUACAUUGUUCAAAGUGGCUGCGGGGAGAUCAACGACAAUCUCAUGGAGCUGCUCAUCAUGAUCAACGCGUGUAAGAUUGCGUCUGCGUCCAGGGUUACAGCUGUCAUUCCCUGCUUCCCCUAUGCCAGGCAGGACAAGAAGGACAAGGUGGGGAGUCGAGCUCCAAUCUCAGCCAAGCUGGUUGCCAACAUGCUGUCUGUCGCUGGAGCCGACCACAUCAUCACCAUGGACCUGCAUGCUUCUCAAAUACAGGGGUUCUUUGACAUCCCGGUUGAUAAUCUGUAUGCUGAGCCUGCAGUCCUCAAAUGGAUCAAAGAAAAUAUCAAUGAAUGGAAGAAUUGCACCAUUGUCUCUCCUGAUGCUGGUGGAGCCAAGAGAGUGACAUCCAUCGCAGAUCGGCUGAACGUGGACUUUGCUCUUAUCCACAAAGAGCGGAAGAAAGCGAACGAGGUAGACCGGAUGGUGCUGGUUGGGGAUGUGAAGGACCGAGUGGCCAUUUUGGUCGAUGACAUGGCAGACACGUGUGGGACAAUAUGCCACGCAGCUGACAAGCUGGUGUCUGCAGGGGCCACUAAAGUGUAUGCUAUUUUGACUCAUGGUAUCUUCUCGGGGCCUGCCAUUUCGCGGAUCAACAAUGCCAACUUUGAGGCGGUGGUGGUCACCAAUACAAUUCCACAGGAGGACAAAAUCAAACACUGCAGCAAGAUUCAGGUGAUUGACAUUUCUAUGAUCCUGGCGGAAGCAAUUAGACGGACACAUAACGGAGAGUCGGUGUCAUAUCUGUUUAGCCAUGUGCCCUUAUAACCUGCACACACAUACACGUGUCAUCACUUCACAUGCGUCAUUACGUUUUUUUGAGGGAGAGUCAUUGCUGGGGCCUGUUUUAAGCCAUGCUCCCUUAUAAGACUUACAGACACACACUAGACAUGUGCUUUUUCUCAACAGUGUAUGUAGAGAAUUAAGCCUCUGUGUGGCUACCUGCAGCACCCCCUUGCUGUUGCAUGUGCUAACUCACCAUUUUUAAAGGACAUUGUUCAUCUAACAACUUGAUACUUAUUUCCAACUUGUACACUCCACUAAGUCUCUUCCAUCAGUGGGUUUUACCAUUAUACUGGGAUAUACAAAGUGACCUGCAUGUUAGACUGAGGAUUCGCAUCACUGUCUCAGAAACAAUUUUUAGAGGAAAAAACUGCUCAUACUGCAAAGUCUCCAAUGCUACUUCUCCCUAAAGUUGUGUAACCUAAAGGUACGAUGGAAAUUCAUGAAUGUUUUUGAACAUCUUUGUUGUAGUAUCUAUCCUGUGGCUAGCUGAUAGUUUGGAGUAGAAUAAAAAAAUUGGUUAAACCUCUUUAGAAUGCCAUUGCAAUGGCAGCUGGAAUACUUAGAUACUCUUUGGUAUCUGUCUUUGUUUCGUCUCAGGUUUCAUUUUUAGAUUAGUUUUUUUGCUUUAACAAUUCUCAUCUCUUCAGGGUCGUUUGAAAGGGUGAUAGCCCUAGAUCUUUUUUUAACCCGUUGAUGUUUUUGAUGUUUAUGUUUACAGUCAGGCAGCGUUUUUGAUUGCUUGAAGACUGAUCUGGUUUGAAGUGCCCUUUAGUUUAGACUUAACACACGUUAUGCUCACACACUCACUAAAAUACUAUCAAGUAGCUACUGUGGAAUGGGCCCGAUCAUUCAGCUGUUUAGCCACAUUUUUUGCAAUUUCUUGCGUAUAUCUGUGUGAGUCAGUGUUUUAAGUGAAGUUUCUUUUCUAUACUACUUCUAUACUACUAGAAUAUAUACGUAGCUAGCUACAGGACCGAAAGCUUUCACUAGAAUGAUCUCACAUGUGUGAGUUCAAAAAGAUGACAGAGAUUCAUUUGAAUGGUCAGUGCCGUUUGCCUUAACGAAUGAGAACAGUUGUAUCUCGUUUGAAUGCAGAAUGACAAGUAAAGCUUUACAGAUAUGAA